AUGCUGAAAUCAACACUUGCCACCGUGUUGCUCUGCCUCGUGAGCUCCGCAUGGACAGCAGAGGAUUUUGAAGAUGCCGGUGCUACUGGUCGUGGCCCCAGAAUUGUGGAACAAAAAGCUGCUUCUGGCUGCAAGCAAGAAAAAAGCUGGCAAGUGUGUUCAGAUGAGGACUGGGGUCCCAAAUGUCCUUCUGGAUGCAGGGUUCAAGGCUUAAGUACCCAAGCUGACAAAGAAUUUAGCAAGAGAAUUGAUGUCAUUAAACAGAAACUAAAAGAUGGAGAAAGCAACUAUAAAAGUAUUGACAUCAGAACCAAGGAGACAUAUGAGUUCAUUAAAGGAAAUCUGGUUUCAGCACAACAGACCGAUGGCGCAUAUAACCAGGUGACUGAAAACCUUAGGAGAAAAAUUGAUUUCUUGAAAACAAAAGUUACCACUCAGAUAGACAGAAUCAAACUGCUGCAAAGAAACAUCAGAGACCAGGUGGUGGAAAUGAAGCGCCUUGAGGUCGAUAUCGACAUUAAACUCCGUUCAUGCAAAGGAUCUUGUGCAAAGGGCGUUGACUAUAAUGUGGAUCAUGAGAGCUAUGGAAAUAUCCAGAAACAGCUCUUGCAAGCUGAAUCUACUGAUCUGAAACCAAAUACCAAUGCUAUACCUAUGCUGAAGAUGAGACCAAUUAAAGAUGCUCCCUUGGUUGAUUCACGAUACAAGACACUUGCCCAAAACAAAGAGCUAUAUCCCAUUUUCAGUGAAAUUGGACAAUUCCAAUUUGUGCUAGAAGGGAAAAGAAAAGAGGUAAGUGGACAAGCAGUGUCCACUUCAAGUGUAUCUCAUGCCUCUGGUAGCAUAAAAGAGCAACCCUCCCAAACUUCCACAUUUGUUAUUUCUGGGGUUAAACAGCCAGUAAAAGUAGCUGGGGGAGAUAAGACAACCGUCACAGGUGAAAGUCGAGUUAUUACAUGUACUAAAACCAUAACAAAGAAAAUAGUUCAUGGGCCAGGUGGACCUAGGGAAGAAGUUUUUGAAACAACCAGUGGAGAUGAGUGUGAGAAAUUAGAAGAGCUGAAGAAAGAAGGAAAGGGUGAGCUUGAUGCUGAUGGCACAUACAAUGUGCGAAUAACUGGAAGUGGCAGUACAGGAGGUGCCUUCGUCCCAUCUUGGGAAGAUUUUCUUAGUGGUAAACAGGUCGGUGAUAGCAGCUUUUCUACUGGCAGUUCAUCCUCUAAAACGCAGAGUUCAUCCUCGAAAACUCAGAGUUCAUUCACCAUUGGAGAUGAUGAAUUUGAUGAUUUUAGCCAUACAGACCUUGGUCCUCCUAGUUUCACGCCAAUCAAAUCACAAAGCUCAUCUGGCUCCACCACAUAUUCCAAGACUGUGGUAAGCAGCAGCAGCGGAACCACAAAGGAUGGAACCGAGUGGGGUACUAAAUUCAAGAGUGGGCCAGUAUUUGAAGAUCUUGGUCCAAUACAAGUUGAAAACAGUGAAGAAGACACGCCUGAUUUUAAUGCCCGCAGUGUGCAAGCAGGAGGAAGGAAACAAAUGUCAAGUACCACUGGAAGGGACUGUGCUGAUAUCCUCCAGAAACACAGUUCUGGUGGCAUAAGUGGCAUUUUCAAAAUCAGGCCAGAGGGAUCCCAAAAAGAGCUUUCAGUGUAUUGUGAUCAAGACACCCAGAUAGGAGGAUGGCUUUUGAUUCAACAGAGAGAAGACGGAUCUGUGAAUUUUAACAGGACAUGGCAAGACUACAAGCAUGGAUUUGGAUCGGUGGAUGCAAAUGGGAAAGGAGAACUAUGGCUGGGAAAUGAAUAUAUACACAUGCUGAGCCAGAACGAGACAGUUUUGAGGCUUGAGUUAGAAGACUGGUCUGGGAAGCAGGUUUAUGCAGAAUAUAUCUUCAGCUUAGGAUCAGAAUCAGAGGGGUAUGCUCUUCAUGUUAGUACUUAUGAAGGUUCGGCAGGGGAUGCUCUCACAGAAGGCUCUAAAGAAGACAGUGAAAACACCUCUCAUAAUAAAAUGAAUUUUAGCACAUAUGACAAGGACAAUGACAAAUGGGAGGAGAAUUGUGCAGAAAUGUAUGGGGGAGGGUGGUGGUACAAUAACUGCCAAGCUGUCAAUCUGAAUGGGAUUUACUACACUGGAGGCCAAUAUGAUCCCAGGAAUAAUGCCCCCUAUGAGAUUGAGAAUGGGGUUGUUUGGUUGUCCUUCAAGCCAGAUGAUUAUUCUCUAAAAACUGUGAAAAUGAAAAUACGGCCUGUUGACACAGAUGCAUAAUAACAUUUUUUGUACAAUACUGCACUCCCCACAAUAUCACUGUAUUAUGUGUUUUUUUUUAUAUUCUUGGCUUAAUGUGAAGACACUGUAACUGAGAUGAAAACUAAAUGACUUACAUUGA